UGACGCAGCUGUAAGUGGGACAAAUGAAGUUCAUUUUCCACAGCUGGUGAUGGCGGAUGUUGUUGAUAAAGACGCCAUGAAGAAUUACCGCAUAGCGUCCGAGAAAAUAAACCCAGAGACCAGUCGCUAUCCGUACUGUAUUGUGUGGACGCCCAUCCCCGUGUUGUCAUGGCUGCUUCCAUUCAUUGGCCACAUGGGAAUCUGCACCUCCACUGGUGUCAUCCGGGACUUUGCUGGACCUUACUUUGUCUCAGAGGACAACAUGGCAUUUGGAAGACCAACAAAGUACUGGAUGCUCGACGUCAGCAAAGUCUACGCUAGCGGCUCCAAUGCCUGGGACACUGCGGUGCACGAUGCCUCGGAGGAGUAUAAACACAGGAUGCACAACCUCUGCUGUGACAACUGUCACUCACACGUCGCCAUGGCUCUGAAUCUGAUGCGAUAUGAAAACAGCACCUCGUGGAACAUGGUCAACCUCUGCCUCCUUGCUCUGAUCCAUGGAAAACAUGUCAGCUGUGCAGGCUUCCUGAAGACCUGGCUGCCUUUCCUGAUGCUGAUGGGCAUCAUCCUUACAGUGGCCCUGGCCCUCAACCUGCGGUGACCUGGGAGGCAGGUUGAGGACGCGGUGGAACCCCUGCAGGAUGCGGGGGUGACUUUUUUUAGACAAAAAGGGGGAAGGGGGGCAUCACACGGUGUUGAGCGAAGGGGAACCGAGGAGAUAAAGACUACUCUCCUCCAAGAGAAGAUUGCUGAACAGGAAUGUCCCAACACAUGUAUACCAACACAUGCUAGGCGGACUGUUGCUGGCAGUGCUCCAGUGGCAAAGCUGGAACGCCCCAGGGAUGGAAAGUCAUUCACAUUCAGUCAUUUAUUUGGAGAGAAGUGACUGAACGCCACCACCACACCUACCAGAACCACACAUCACAUUUAAUGGAUUAUGAUUAUUGAAAGCCUAACAGCAGGUUCACACCACCUGCAAAGUGUACAAGUUGUGUAGCUGUAUUAAUAGUUGAAUAGAGGUAUGUACAUUGUUGAAUUCUCUGAGGGAAACACAUCCAUGCCUUGCUUUUAGAUUUUGAUGACCUUACUUUGUAAUGGACUGGGAGUGUAAUCCCAUGGUUCUGUGCUUCCAGAAUGCCAUUUUUAUACUGGGGAGCACAAACAUGUUAAAUCAAUUAGAUGCCUUUCUAGGGAAUUUAUUGCAUUUCAUGCUUGAUCUAAUGUAGCUCUUCUACAAUACUGCAAAUUAAACCUAAAUAUUUUCUUACUUGUAUUUAGUCUUAACGCCGUAGGAUAUCAACAAGUCUGCAUCUUCUAAACAGAAAUAUUUUCUCAGAGAUAUGUUGUACAUGCAUUACAUGUAUCACCUCAUGGUACGACUGUAAUAGGUUUACGAUGAAUGUUUUCAUACCUUUAACUACAGAUCAUCAGUGCAAUGAUUGUAGCAACCUCAAUGAAUGUGGCUGUGGAAAAUACCAACUGAAUAGUAACGCUCCUUAUUGCUUUUUUAUACUCGUGCCAAAUGUAGGAGAAUGGCAGACCAACACAAACUGUGUCCUUAAAUAUUUUAACUUGUUCUUUAGUGGAACAGCUCAUUACGUUAUUGAAUGGAAAGCCUGACGUCAGUCAUGAAAACUGAUCUGAUCUUUUUGUUUUCAUCACUAAUUUUGACUUUACGGGAAGAAGCAAGAGUCAGUGCCUACAAAUGACCUCUUUCACAGAUCCCUUAUGUUUUAUAUUUUCAGUUUUGUAGUUAUAUUAGAAAAAAAAAAGUUAAUUCCACGCAAUGGUUGGCACCUCGAAAUCCGUUGCCAUGGCUGUCGUGAGCAAAUUCAAAUCCCCUCAUUGUUUGCAAUCAAACAGGAAAAAAAGUGUUGAGCCCUCUCUUUGUCCGCGGUGCUGCCAGAAGCAGCAGGUAGCCAGGAUCCUCAGGUUUUUUCACACUCGCCAACCCCGGCUGAAUAUCCCCACUUUCCCCCAGCGCCUGACCAGCGUUGCUCCCGCUGGUUCCCACCUCUGCCGAUCAGAUUUGAAGGUCAUCGUGAAAUGUCAGCACUGUUUCACAAAGCUUUGAUAUAUAUACUGGCCAACAACCUGCAAUAAUCUCAAGGAGAUGACGUUUUAAGUGUGAGCUUAUGAAUUAAAAUGAGUUUUUAUUUUCUGUAUGAAGGGUUUAACAGUAGGGCUAACAUAGAGCCAGUUUUCUAGACACUGCUCUUCACAUUGAGCUUCUGUUGAAAGAAGAUAUUCUGUGGCCUCUUGUGUGUAUUUCACCCAUGUUGCCUGUAAAUACCUGAACACACAUUACACUGUGCACCAGGUGCUCUUUAUAUACUUUGCAAACUUGAUCGCUCAGUCUACAGAUAUAUUCUUUUGAAUAAUUUAAUGUCAUUUUUGUUCUCCAUUUCUGCAUAUCAUCUCUGCUCGACAAUAAGCAGAUUCGUGCCUGAAUGAGUGUGUGAUCUUGUGUUUGUGUGUGUGUGCUAGUCACGCACACAGCGACUGGAGAAAGCACGCGAUUGCAUGCCAGCAUGUGUGUAUUGCAUGCAUGCAAGAGAGUUUGAGAGAGAAAGUUCCCGUUUGACUCAUACUGUGGCUUCGUGAUUAUUAAUCAGCUGCAUUUCAUCGCAGCCUAGUGAUUGAUUUCUAUAUUUAUUACUCCAUAUCUUUCUUUUAAUCUCUCUCCAGUUUUAUGUGAUUGCUGGUAACCGUCAGCAAGAAUAAAUAAUACAUUAGACUGUAACAGGCCUGCUUAGGUUAAUGCUGAUUUGAUGCAGUAGCCUUUACUGUAAGCGUAGUGUGGAGUCAUUUUCUUAAAGCAUUAAAACGAGGAAAGAAAUGGAGAUUAAUCUGAACAAUGGAUACUGUCUGUAUAACAACACACUGGGGAAUAUUUAACCCUUUUACUGUGACGCUUUUUACUUUUUUGAAGCCAUGUCACUAGUAACUAGUGUGAAGAGGCUAGAGCCCGACUGAUAUAUUGGUCAGCCGAUAUUAUUCGGCCUGUCGCAUACAUACUCCGGUAUCGG